AUGAACCAAAUCCUAUCGGUCGUGAUCUCUAUCCUCUUAAUGUUUCCGACACCAGAAGCCAUGGAUUGCUUUUCAGCAUCACGUUGUUGCAGAGAGAGCGAAUUCGAACAUUUGAAAGAACAUGCCCAGAAGACAACCAGGCACAUCCGGUCAUUGGCUUCUUUCAAUGAAUGCCAGGCCUCUUCCGAAGGAUCACAAAGGGAACGCUCCAUUUCCCCAUGGCACUAUGUAAAAGACGAGGAAUCUGGCCGCUACCCACAAACCAUCUGGAAUGCUCGAUGCAACUGCCGUUCAACUUGUGUCUCCUGGAAGUCCUGUGUGAAACAAGGCAGCAAAAAUAUCUACACCAGGCAGGUCCACCAUGGAAACUCCAUCGAAGUUCCACACGACAUCCUCGUCUUUUACCGGAGACCUUGUCCUGGGGAUAAUACGAAAACACUCUUCUACCUGCAGACAGCUGUGUACAGGAUGAAUGUGUCUUGCACAUGCGUGGUACCAAAGAGCAGCAUAUGUGUGUCAUUAGAAACGGCACCACCACUCAGGCUUCCCAUACACAAGCGAGGUGUGUAA